AGGGGGGGGACUGAGACGGAGAAUGAGACAAGGAGAGAGAGAGAGCUAUGUGUAAUGUUAUGUGUAUGUUAUGUCUCACAGAACAGGAAGAGAAUUGCGUUGCGUUGCGCUGCGUCCACCAACAACAACAGCGAGCAAGCUCUUCGGUGGCGUCCAAGCUUCUCUACUCUGCUCUGCUUUACUCUGCUCAAUUCCUCCCUCCCUCACUCCGCUCUCACACCCUGGCUACACCUUUCCCUGGUUCCAGGUGCCCUUCGUCUACUUCCUUCUUCUUCCUCUUCAUCGACCGCCACGCCUCCCUCUCAAUUGCGUUGUUUCUUUCCCGUGCUGGUAGACUUUCGUCUGGGAAGAGGUUUAUCUGUUUUUAUAGUGAGUAUACCAGUGCGCUCGGGCAUCUGAAGCAGGUCGCUCACUUCUGCUUUGUCACUGUAGAGAGGUACUGUUCUGGCAAUGAAGAUAG